AUGGCGGGCAAGGGUGUUGUUAGUUCGGUGGCAAAGGCAGUAGCAGAGUAUCAGUAUCCUUGGCGUGAGAAAUUGGUUAAAUAUAAGGAUGAACUUGCCAAGGGAGUGUGGGGAUACUGGGACCUUGGGGCAUGGAAGCCACUGAGUAUCAGUGCUCGGCGUCGUGCCAGACUUCGCAAGGAAGUGCUCCUUGCUGGGGAAGAUUGGCCCUAUGAUCCUGAAAGGAAGGAGAUGAAGACCAGGAGGAAAGGACACAAAUGUGAUAGGAUAUCUGCCGAGAAGCGGGAAAACACUGCAAAGUUGAUGGAAAAGAUGCCCCAGAUGUUACUGGAUUACAAGAAGAGAAGGCACUCAGUGUUACGCUCUCUUAUGAAGCUCAAGUGUUUGCUCAUGUUCCCAGCCCAGUUUUUGUCUAAGUAUGCGUCCUUGGAUUGUUUUUGCAUAUGCAGCUCUGUUGCAUCUGCUGUUUUCUUGAACUACCCUAUUGGUCAGGAAACUUUUUGGAUGAAUACACAAACACAUGGGAAGAUAGAAAAUACUAGCAAAGUCAUACACAACAAGUUCAAGAAGAAGUUUGGACAUGCAAAAACAUUAUGGCUGGAAGAAAACAUAUACCGCCUCGAUCUCUCCCUCAUCGUUGAGUUUUUGAGAAUUGUGUCAACGUUAAGUGGGGAUGAGAGUUAUGAUAGGUUGAAGGGGGCAGUUGUUGGAGACUGGGAAGAUUCAGAUUUGAGCAAGUCCAUUGUGAGUACUGUUUAUAAAGAUGCAUUUCACAGGAAGUUGGAAGAUAAUAGGGACCAGGGUGCUCCCCUGAGGCCAAACACGGAGCCAAAGAAGGAGGAGGAACCUCUUCCUGAGUCUCCGAAGCAGAUUCCGUCUCGGUAUGGUAGGAUAACUGGGAAGAUAAUGCGGGAAUAUAAGAGGACCAAUGAUUUGUCUGUGCUUGAGAGGAUGGAGGAUGAGGCAUGGAUAUUGGGGUUGAAGGCUUGGCAGGAAGUAGACAAGGUUAAUGAGAAGGAGCCGGUAAAAAGCUCUAUCCUUGAUGGAAAGCCUGAGUCAUGCCCUUCUUGGGUGUCUAUGAAUGGGGAUGAGUUGAUUAAAGGGGAUAAUUUGAUGUUUCUUCCCUGUGGGCUUGCAGCUGGUUCUUCGAUCACUGUGGUGGGGACACCCCAUUAUGCUCAUAAGGAGUAUGUUCCCAAGCUUUCCAAGAUAAAGAAAGGUGGAGGUUUGGUUUCAGUUUCACAAUUCAUGAUUGAAUUGCAAGGGCUGAAGUCAGUGGAUGGGGAGGAUCCUCCAAAGAUCCUCCACUUGAAUCCUCGAAUAAGGGGGGAUUGGAGCAAACAGCCAGUAAUUGAGCAUAAUACCUGUUACAGAAUGCACUGGGGAUCCUCUCAAAGAUGUGAUGGUCUGCCAUCUGGGGAUGAAGAAGAAAUGCUUGUUGAUGGAUACAGACGGUGUGAGAAAUGGAUGCGGAAUGACAUUAUAGACUCUAAAGAGUCCAAGACAACAUCAUGGUUUAAGCGGUUUAUAGGGCGUGAGCAAAAGCCAGAAAUGACCUGGCCAUUCCCUUUAAUAGAGGGCAGAAUGUUUGUCCUUACAUUGCGUGCUGGUGUUGAUGGAUACCAUAUUAAUAUUGGUGGUCGCCAUGUAACUUCAUUUCCAUAUCGGACUGGAUUUACACUUGAGGAUGCUACAGGAUUGGCAGUUAAAGGGAAUGUUGAUGUUCAUUCAAUUUAUGCUACUUCUCUUCCUACUUCCCAUCCUAGUUUCUCACCUCAAAGAGUACUGGAAAUGUCAGAGACGUGGAAAUCCAGACCUUUACCCGAACAUCCUAUUAAACUUUUUAUUGGAGUUCUUUCAGCUUCAAAUCACUUUGCAGAACGCAUGGCAGUUAGGAAGACAUGGAUGCAAUCUGCUGCAAUCCAGUCUUCAGAUGUAGUAGUACGAUUCUUUGUUGCACUGAAUCCAAGGAAGGAAGUAAAUGCAGUGCUGAAGAAGGAGGCUGCUUACUUUGGUGAUAUUGUCAUUUUGCCCUUUAUGGAUCGCUAUGAGCUUGUUGUGCUUAAAACUGUGGCCAUUUGUGAGUUUGGGAUUCAGAAUGUGACAGCUGCAUAUGUUAUGAAAUGCGAUGAUGAUACAUUUAUUAGGGUGGAUACUGUCUUGAAGGAAAUUGAGAAGGUAGCCCCAGAAAAGUCCCUUUAUAUGGGCAAUCUUAAUCUCUUACAUCGACCUCUAAGAAAUGGCAAAUGGGCAGUCACUUUUGAGGAGUGGCCGGAAGAAGUAUAUCCUCCUUAUGCAAAUGGACCUGCUUAUGUAAUUUCUAGUGAUGUUGUUACUUUCAUCCUAUCUCAACACAAGGAUAGGAGACUAAGGCUGUUUAAAAUGGAGGAUGUAAGCAUGGGAAUGUGGGUUGAGAGAUAUAAUAAUACUGUUGCACCAGUCCAGUACUCCCACAACUGGAAGUUUUGUCAGUAUGGAUGCAUGGAGGGCUACUUCACUGCACAUUACCAAUCACCAAGACAGAUGAUCUGUCUGUGGGACAAAUUGUCAAGAGGUCUUCGUAACAAAGGUUAG